AUGUCGCCUAAUAAAGAAAACGACGGUGGAUGGAAGAAAUUUGUAUGGAAUUCAGAGAAGAGGGAGUUUUUAGGACGUACUUGCAGCAGCUGGGGUAAAAUCACUUUGUUCUACGUAAUCUUCUAUGGCUGUUUGGCUGGGAUCUUCAUCGGGACCAUUCAGGCAUUGCUUCUUACGCUAAGCGACUAUAAACCAACUUAUCAAGAUAGAGUUGCCCCCCCAGGUUUAUCACACACACCACGGUCGGAGAAAUCAGAAAUAGCCUUUAACAUGAAUGACCCAGAUUCAUUCAAAAAAUACACCUCCAGCAUGAACUCCCUUCUGAGUCAGUACGACGACGAGAAGCAGACGGACGAAAAGAACUACGAGGACUGCUCCCCGGAGCCGCAGACCUACAAAGACCGCGGCAUCCUGGGGGACGAUCUGGGCCGGAGGAAGGCCUGCCGCUUCAGCCGGACCUGGCUUGGGCCCUGCUCCGGAGUCGCAGACUCCAACUAUGGCUUCAAGGAUGGGAAACCCUGCCUCAUCGUCAAGCUCAACAGGAUCGUGAACUUCAAACCACGAGCUCCGGCCAAUGACAGCAUUCCUGACAACCUUGUGUUAAACCCCAACCUGAUUCCCAUCUUCUGCAAGAACAAGAGAGAGGUAGACAAAGAAAAGAUCGGGGAGAUCAAAUACCAUGGCGUGAAGGGCGGCUUCCCCCUGCAGUACUACCCUUACUACGGGAAGCUGCUCCACCCCCAAUACCUGCAGCCUCUGGUGGCCGUGCAGUUCACCAACCUGACAGUAGGGGAAGAGCUGCGCAUAGAAUGCAAGGUGUACGGCGCUAACAUUGACUACAGCGAAAAGGACCGUUACCAGGGACGCUUCGACGUCAAAUUCACCAUCAGCAACUCGUGA